AUGCACAGUCAGAUUCCGGAUAGAAAGGGCAAAGAAGUAGCGAUUGCGACACAAGUCAAGGAGGUAUACAGAUCGGAUGUUGGACGUGGGUUCAUGAGAUUUGCGGUUGUCUUGGAUACAACGGGGGUGGUAUCUUCUGUCGAAUCAGGGCUAGACGUGUUGUAUGUUUGGAGGGCUGGCGACGUCGAGCACUGGCAUCUAGAGGUCAAGGCCGCAGACGAGAUGAGAGCGGCUCCGGAGUACUCGGCAUGCACGGGAGCAGUUGUCGCUUGCAUCAGACAUACUGCCUCUAUCGGUAUGUUUCAAUCCGCAUCCAAAGUUCCUCGCUAUAGAGAUCAAGUGCGCGGUAACGGAACGAAGGACUCCAACGGGAACAUCGAUGACCUGUCUACGCGAGGCUGGAACACCACUGCUCGAAAUCUGAUAGACCAAGCACCUCGCAUAAGUAGGCGUAGCAAUAUUGAGCCUGCCAUCGUUGAUGAAAAUGCUAUAUUUGAGAGUGUCGAAGUCGCCGACACCGACAUUGCCGCGAAAGAGGACGGGUUCAUAGCAAUGCUCUGCUCGCGGUCUACGAAGUCGUCGUCGGGUAGGACGCGGCCGCGCCGGUUAGGUGUGGUCAGGUCGUCUAGGAAGGAAGAAGCAGCGCCGUUGAGCAGAACAGAUCCCGGGCGGAAGAAGAAGGAGUGGCAAAUGUUCGAUAGAGUAGUCGCGUUGGCAAUUUGCAUCAUUCGAUCCCGCCUGUACAUGUUGUCUUGUGGUGUCCGCUCGGCAACCAGCGGCAGUUCGCAACGUGACGUCGUCGUCACCAAUCGACAAUUCAGAUGCAUGUAUCCGACAAUCACCGUCAAGGCCAAUACCAUCAAUACAAACAUGUAUAAACAAAAAUAUUUGCAUCGUCUACGGAUGUCGAAAGUAUACAGACUGCUCCUAUUACCAACAGAAUUGCUAGAUUCUACAACCAAAAUCCCGGCUCUUCCAAUUCAAGUUCGUCCCUUCGAGGCUACUAGCUAG